UCGAACUGCAGAUGGAAAUGGCGCCUUAACAGGGGGAGGAGGAACCAUAACAGCAUUUUUUUGGCCAGCUUUUUUGUGUAUUGUUCUCACCGUGCAUAAUAAAUAUCUGACUGAUAUUAUUGUGAAAAACUCAGCACGUGCACGAUGGCUCCGUUUAGCUUGAUGUCAGUCGGUGCUAAUCUUUUGGUCAAGUCUUUGAGUCUGUUCUCGAGUGCAUCUGCUGUGAGGUGUUCAUGUGUUGCUCCAGUGAUAAGGAGUUUUAGCACCACAACUGGAGGUCCACCUAAAAGACCUCUGACAGGAUACAUGACAUAUGUGAAGGAGAUGCAGCCCAGCUUCAGCAGACAGAACCCAGGACUGAAAAAUGUGGAUAUUGUCCGAAAGUUAGCAGAGAAGUGGAGAAUGCUGACUCCAGAACAGAAGCAGCCAUUUCAGGAUUCAUCUUUGGAAUCCAGGAAGCAGUAUAAGCUUGCUUUGGAGACAUACAAAGCCCAACUCACCCCUGCACAGACUGUUGCUAUUGCUGAGGAAAAGCGACAAAGAGUGGCCAAAAGAAAAGCAAUUAGGAGAAAGAAGGAGCUGAAUAGUCUUGGCAAGCCCAAACGUCCCAGGAGCGCAUUCAACAUCUUCAUGGCGGAGCACUUUGAGGAAGCAAAGGGAACUACUGUGCAGGCAAAGAUGAAGUCGCUGAGAGACAAUUGGAUGCGAUUCAACAUCACACAGAAACAAAUGUACACACAGCUGGCAGAGGAUGACAAAGUCCGUUACAAGAACGAAAUAAAAUCGUGGGAGGAGCACAUGAUUGAGAUUGGAAGGGAAGACCUUGUUCGGAGAAAAGAGAGGAGAUCCAUUAAAGCCAAAGCUAAAGCCAUCGCAGACAGAAAGAAUAAAUCCAAAGUAACAGUGGUAAAGGCAAAAGCGCCAAAAAAGAAGGCUGAAGUUGCUAAAACAGCCGUGAAAAAGACUGUAAAGAGCAUUAAGUAGUAAGAUUAUGUAUGACUCUGGUAGACGGAGUGUUGUACAAAAGCCAGUUCCGUCCUCAAUAAAAAGCCUGUGCUUUCCGUUAUUAGAGCUGCAUUUAUAGUGUUCAAAGCACGAAGGCUGUGAAGACCUGUGACUGACUAAUUUCUAUUUUGCUUUUAGCUACUUUUCAUAAACUGUAUUACUGACAUCAGUUUUCAUUUGCUUAGAAUGAGUUGCAUAUCAUGCUUUGAAAGAGGACACCAUGUUUUGUAUAUCUUUAUCUACAAAAUAAACAUUCACAUUUUA